AUCAUUAUUACAAAAGCGACAAUAUUGCGUGGCCCCCAGCAAAGCGAUAUGCUGGGAUCAUUGGUUUAUAAAUGAGGCCACGUAGAGAGACCGAGAGACGCAAACCAUUUAACAGCACAAACUGAACCAAGCAGCAGCGACUGUUGUGUUCUUGUUCGCGGCGAAACGUCCCCGUUUCCGCCGCAGCUGAUCGUUUUAGGAGGCGGAGCCACCAGAUUGUGAGAGCGAUAAUAUUUAUGAUGGCGGGGCAGUCGAGAAAAUGGAUGAUUUUGGUGGCGACUAUUUGGAUUCAGGCGUUUACAGGGACGAAUUUCGAUUUCUCGUCGUAUUCUUCGUCGUUGAAAUCUGUGCUGGGGAUUUCUCAGGUGCAGCUCAAUUAUUUGGCGACGGCCUCUGAUUUGGGGAAGGUGUUGGGAUGGUCUUCUGGGCUGGCUUUGAUGUAUUUUCCUUUGUGGGUUGUGCUUUUCAUUGCUGCCUUCAUGGGCUUCGUUGGCUAUGGCAUUCAGUGGCUUGUCAUUAGGCAAAUCAUUUCCUUGCCUUAUUUCCUGAUGUUUCUUCUGUGUUUGUUGGCUGGGUGUAGCAUCUGUUGGUUCAACACUGUGUGUUUCGUUCUUUGCAUUCGGAACUUCCCAGCCAAUCAACCUUUAGCAAUAUCACUCACAGUAAGCUUCAAUGGUGUAAGUGCAGCCUUGUACAACCUUGCUGCUGAUGCAAUCGAUUCAUCCUCUACUUCUUUAUUUCUCAUAUUGAAUGCUGUUAUCCCCCUUCUCACUUCUGUAGCCGCCUUGAUCCCGAUUGUCCGCCAACCCUCCCUAGACCCUCUUCCACCUGAUGGAGUUCGCCGUGACUCCCUCAUCUUUCUCCUUUUGAAUAUCUUGGCUGUUCUAACUGGAAUUUACCUUCUUCUCUUUGGCUCAACCUCAUAUGAUACAGAAACAGCUCGUCUCUUCUUAGGUGGAGCCAUUUUCCUACUCAUUUUUCCUCUAUUUAUCCCUGGCAUUGUCUACGCUCGUGACUGGUUUCAUCGUGCUAUUCAUUCUAGCAUCCGCAUUGAAGGCUCGGGCUUCGUUCUUGUUGAUGUCGAUGACCUCGAGCUUCAUAAAGAGCUUCUUACGCGUGAGAACAGUCUUAAUUAUGGGAAUGGAUCGGUUGUUCAACCCGUGAACAAUAAUGAUGGCCCUACUACAACUUUGUCAUUUAGACAGAAGAAUGGAUAUCAGAGCGCAGGGUGUUGUGGGGCAAUUGUGGGUAAGGAUCAGUUGGCAAUGCUUGGGGAAGACCACACAGCACGAGCGCUUGUGCGAAGGUUGGAUUUUUGGCUAUACUACGUUGCAUAUUUUUGUGGGGGCACUAUUGGUCUUGUGUACAGUAACAAUAUGGGGCAGAUAGCUCAAUCACUAGGACAGAGCUCCAAUACUACAACACUUGUCACGCUUUAUUCAUCCUUCUCCUUCUUUGGCCGGCUGCUCUCAGCUGCACCGGACUACAUACGUGCGAAGCUUUACUUUGCAAGGACAGGGUGGCUGGCUAUUGCACUUUUGCCUACCCCAAUUGCUUUCAUGUUGCUUGCUUCCUCAGGCGGUAGCCUUGCUUUGCACACCGGCACUGCACUAAUCGGAUUGAGCUCCGGAUUCAUUUUCUCUGCCGCUGUUUCCAUCACGUCAGAGUUGUUUGGGCCAAACAGCGUAGGCGUCAACCACAACAUCGUCAUUACAAACAUACCAAUCGGUUCACUCGUCUACGGGCUUCUUGCCGCAAUAGUUUAUGAUUCAAACGCGAGCUCUGGCCUAAGCAUCUUAACUUUUAGUGAUUCAGUAGUGUGCAUGGGGAGGGACUGCUAUUUCCUAACCUUUGUGUGGUGGGCAUGCAUUUCGGUUCUGGGGCUGGCUUCAAGUGUGCUUUUAUUCUUAAGAACCAGACACGCCUAUGACCAUUUUGAACAUAACCGUUCGACGCAACUCUACUAAUAGAAUUAUUAUCGCUUGCUGUUUGGAGGCAAAAGAUAAAGCAUUAAUUAGGUUUUCUUCUCUAAAUUUUGGAGGGAGAAAACAAAUUGGGUUGUCAACAGAGAAUCAAUCAACGAGGCAGCUUGUGGUCCAUGUAUUAUUGAGGGAGUAUUUGUAGAAUAUUCAUGAAGGAAUACUUUAACGAUGUAUUUCACAUGAUUAACUAAGAGAUAAAUUAAAUUAAAAAGU